AUUUAUUUUUUAAAAAUGCGUUGAACUCUACCGAUAGUCCUAUCGAACUUGGCGCAUCUCUAGUCUGGCGCGUUCGAGAACAGUCCGCUGUUUUUCAACUCAAUCGUAUGUUUUCGGUCCGCUCUCUGCUCCAAAAUCGCUAUUGUUUACGUUGUUGUGCUCUCAACAUUCAACAUUUCGCACAAAAACCAGAAACGCUGCUCAAGCAGACAUCGUCACAUCGUGGUGACACAUUUCGCUCAAAGUCUAACCCAGGCAAAGGCGCACAUUACGAAAUUAAACACCACGUAGCCCGAGAGAGAUAUAGAAUGCCCAUCGAUACGCGGGAGCUGAUGGAGGCGAUAGCCAUUGUCGCCGACGAGCGCAAUGUCCGCGUCGCCGUUAAGCAAUCCGGCAAGGGGGCGGCCAUCUGUGCCGCCUGCUCCUUUGCGGGUGGCAUGCUCCUCGGUCCCGUUGGCCUGGCCGUGGGCGGUGCAGCUGGUGGUAUAGCCGCCUACAAGAUGACCAGUGGCACUUUUAGACCCCUGGGAGAGGUUAUACUAAACGAUUUGACGGACAGGCAGCGGGAGCAACUGGUGGAGCAUGUGUCCAAGGCCGUGGCUGAGAUUCAUCCCACCGAUAUAGUGAUGCUGCUGCCCCUGAUUGUCCAGAAUGCCUCCAUUCAGCAGGCGGUGCUCAAUACGGUGGUGUCUUUUGUGAGCAAUGAGUUGCGCAUGCAGAUUGUUGAUUGACCUGGUGGAGAAGCUGGAGGAGCCGGAGGAGGAGCAGCAAACUGUGAAAUUAGUGCCGUUGUGAUCAGUGUAGUUUUAUUAAUAAAUACUCUAUAUGUACACAA